CUUACUUCCCCAUCUUCUCCUUCACCCUCGCGUGUAUCUGGCCUUGCUUGUAUUCUUCAUCUCGUCUCGCCAUGUCCGGCGGUGUCAGAGUCAGGAGACCGACCUCUCCGCCACCUGGUCUACCCCAGAUGGCCCCUCAACGAUUCCCCCAUCUUCGUCAUGACCAUUUGGAUGCCGAUGCGCGCAAGGAGGCUGCGUCGAAAGGCUAUGUCCCAGGUCGUAGAACACACGCACCGGGCGGCCUCAACAUUACCCCAGGCGAAUGGAAAUUACUUGGCGUAGUUGUCAUUCUGGCCAUGUGCGUGCGGUUGUUCCGCAUAUCACAACCAGAUAGUGUAGUUUUUGACGAGGUGCACUUUGGCAAAUUCGCGUCAAAGUACAUCAAGUCGCAGUACUUCGUAGACGUGCACCCCCCACUCGCCAAACUGCUAAUCACGCUAGCUGGUUUUGUCUUUGGCUACGACGGAAACUUCGACUUCAAGGAUAUUGGAAAAGCCUAUGAGCAUGUACCAUUUGUCGCCAUGCGUCUAGUGCCUGCAUUCAUGGGCGUUGCAACUGUUCCUAUAUCCUAUCUAACCCUGCGUGCUCUUGAUUGCCGCGCGACGACGGCCAUGCUCGCUUCGCUCUUCAUCACCUUUGAGAACGGUCUCGUCACCCAAUCUCGACAUAUCCUGCUCGACUCACCCCUCGUGUUUUUCACUGCUCUCACCGUGCUCCUCUGGACUGGCUUUUGUAACGAGGACAAACAUGAGCCCUUCACCGAAAUGUGGUGGACGUGGCUUGUCCUCUCCGGUCUGUCUCUCGGUGCAGUGGUCAGCUGUAAGUGGGUCGGUCUGUUUACGAUUGCCACUGUGGGCUUCAGCACCAUCAAGCAGCUCUGGACACUCUUGGGCGACUUGCGUGUUUCGUCGAAGGUGUUCAUGAGACAUUUUAUGGCCCGGGCAGCCUGCUUGAUCGGCAUUCCCAUCCUGUUCUACAUGUUCAUGUUCUGGAUCCACUUCCUGAUCCUGCAGAACCCCGGCGAUGGUGAUGGUUUCAUGAGUUCUGAGUUCCAGCAUACACUCAACGGCCGCGGUAUGGCGGACACAUAUGCCGAUGUUGCGCUUGGUUCUACGAUCACGUUGCGACAUGUCAACACCCAAGGCGGCUAUCUGCACUCGCACUCUCACACUUAUCCCACUGGUAGCCAGCAACAACAAAUCACGUUAUAUCCCCACCGUGACGAGAAUAACGUAUGGCGAAUUUUGAAUGCUACGCGGGAAGGCGAUCCCACCCACGACUGGGCGAACCAGCCGCUCACGUACGUCACCCCGGGAAUGCAUAUAAAGCUGCAACACAUUGUCACCGACAAGCACCUCCACUCGCAUGAGCAGCGGCCGCCCGUAUCAGAGGUCGAAUACCAAAAUGAAGUGUCAGGAUAUGGCAUUCCCAAUUACCCUGGCGAUGCGAACGACGACUGGGUCGUGGAAAUUGCGCACGGGGAUAAGCGAGACAAGGAGUCGAGCAAGCGUCUCAGGACGUUGCGCACGCACCUCAGACUCAGGCAUGUCAUGACCGGGUGCUACCUCUUCUCGCACAAGGUCAAACUGCCGGAUUGGGGCUUCGAGCAGCAGGAGGUGACGUGCAACAAACAAGCGAUAAAGGAGAACUCGCUGUGGUACAUUGAGACUUCUGCGCAUCCCAAACUGCCUCAAGAUGCACCCAAGGUCAACUAUAAGCUUCCUGGGUUCUUGUCCAAAUUCCUAGAACUGCAGCAAGUCAUGUGGGCGACUAAUGCAGGCCUCACGGAUCGUCAUACCUUCGAUUCCCGUCCUGACUCAUGGCCUCGUAUGCGUCGCGGCAUCAACUUCUGGGUAAGAGAUCAUCGCCAGAUAUACCUCCUGGGCAAUCCCAUGGUAUGGUGGCUGAGCACUGCGGCCGUACUGUGCUAUGUCGCCGUGCGAGCAUUCUUGAUUCUUCGCGCAAAACGCGGCUACAGGGACUUUGAGAACACGAAGGUCGUAAAGUACGAUACCCUCUGUGGUUUCCUGUUCGUCGGCUGGUCUCUGCACUACUUCCCGUUCUACCUCAUGGGUCGCCAGCUCUUUCUUCACCAUUACUUCCCUGCUCUCUAUUUUGCCAUACUCCUGUCAUGUGGGGUCUUCGACUUGGUGACAUCGGCUCUUAAGCCUAAGGUCCGCCUGCAGGUUGCGGGAGUCCUCCUAGUCAUCGCAAUCUGGAACUUCGUGUACUUGAGUCCUAUCGCGUACGGCAACACCUGGACGAAAAGCAAAUGCGAGAAUGCGCGUUGGCUGAGGACAUGGGACUUCGCAUGGUGA